UCCAUAUAUAAGCACACACACUGUUGGGGUAACAUGCAAUCAAAUACAUAGAAACUAAGCCUUCAAUUCUCCAUGUCUAGAAAGAAAACAAAACUUGCCUACAUUACCAAUGAUUCAGCAAGGAAAACUACCUACAAGAAAAGAACCAAGGGUCUGGUGAAGAAGGUGCGUGAACUCACUACCCUUUGUGGGAUUGAAGCUUUUGCUGUUAUCAACUCUCCUGAUUUCGGCUCUCAAGCGGAGGUAUGGCCGUCCCUCGAGGAUGCCCGACGCUUGCUGUCCGAGUUCAAGAAGCUGCCCCUGUCGAAACAAAACAAUAAGAUGGUUAACCAAGAGAGUUUCCUUGAGCAAAGCUUAGCCAAAGCUACUCAACAGCUUAGGAAACUGAGCGAGGAGAAUCGCCAGAAGGAGUUGGAAGAAGUCAUGUUCGAAAGCCUGAGUGGAAAAGGGAUAUUGCAGAGUUUGAAUGCGAUGGAUUUGGAUGAGGUGGGUCGAUUGGUUAAGCAAAACUUGACGGAUAUUGACGAUAGGAUUCGUGUGCUUACUAAAGCAUCUCAUUCCUAAGAAUAUUAUUGACGGUGCUCUCUGGUUCUGGUGCCUUCUUUGUCUUGGGAUAUAUAGGUGUAUCAGUUUCAAUGUUUGCUUGUGUUAUGUCGACCAAAUAUUUACAGUCAGUUGCCCCUUGAAUUCGAGUAUUUUAUGUGUUGAUCGUCUUCGUAAUAAUCGAAAUAAAUCAUUUCCCCAUUUCAGAUU